AUUAACUUGACCAACUGGAAAGUUCAAGAAGAACUUAUUAAAAUUAGUGCUAUCUUGGUAACAGAAACUAUUGUUGGACAAAUUCUUGACACUGGACAUUUUGCUCUAAUGGUCGAUGAGGCUAGGUCUCAUAAACAAGAACAAUUGUCUGUAUGUGUGCGUUAUGCAGUUGGCCUCGACAUUUAUGAAAGAUUUUUACAAUUUGUUGAUGUUUCUUAUGGCCAGAAUGCCAAUCAAAUUGUUUCUGCUAUUUACAGUAGUUUUAAAAAUUGUAAUUUAAACAUGGAUACACUUAAUAUUGUAGCAGAUGGAGCUAGUGUGAUGUCCGGCCAUAUAGGAGGUGUACAAGCCAAAAUUAAAGAAGAUUAUCCCUAUGCAAUAUAUACACAUUGUAUGGCCCAUAGGUUGAACCUGGUUGUUGUGGACUUUGACACGGCUAUUGCGGUAGGUGUUCGGUGA